AUGGACGGCCAUAGUCAGAUCCAAGUUCAGCUGUGGGAAGACACAGAGGGUGCAGCAUACAAAUGCCUUUCGUACACGUGGGAAGACCAAUCUGAAACCUACCCAAUCUGGGUAAAUUACCAAGAGAUGCCCUACCCAACUUCGGUAAAUUACCAAGAGAUGCAAGUCGGAAAAAAUCUUUAUGACUUCCUGGAAGUUGCGAGCCACAUUUCUAAUGACUACUUUUGGAUCGACGCGCUUUGUAUCAAUCAGAGCGAUGAUGUCGAGAAGAGUCUGCAGGUGCAGCGGAUGGGAGAUAUCUACAAGAACGCCAAAGAGGUCUGCGUGUGGCUUGGUAAUGGCAAAGAGAAUCGUAUCCCACACCUUUUUUGGCAGAUGGAGCGUGCAAUUGCUGCCUCGAAUAGUAGUCGCUAUGAGAAGCGGAAAGGUCUCGUAGGUGUUGGGCCGACUGGUUGGAGAAGGUACGGUGAGGCAUGGUUCCCGGUAGACACGGCAUCACCUGUUAGCUCCAACGACGGGUGCUUCAAGAACAGGAAUGAUCUCUUCGAUAUCUGUACGACUGAUUUGGCAAAUCACCCUUACUGGAACCGCGCCUGGACUGUUCAGGAGCUAUUAUCGGUCCGGAGUCCGCAACGGAUCUUCCUUUGUAGCAGGGCAGAAACGCGCGCUUUGGAAGAGCUUUUACAUUACUGUCAGGAUGAUCCACGGCUGAGGAGGAUUGAGACCUUACUGAAAGGGACCUACUUCCGCCACGGUUCUGCAAUACCCUUCUGGUUCAUUUUUUACCAGCUCGGUCGCACGCUGGAAUGCCGCGAUCCUCGAGAUCGCAUCUACAGUCUACUGUCUGUGACAGGGCAGGAGAGAUUUACAGUCGAUUAUAGUGAGAGUACCGUCGGGUUAUUCUUUAGGACGGCCACCCAUUUUUCAGCGUGGGGCUGUCCUUAUCUUUUAACGUUGUUGUGGUAUGCGCUCGGAGUCACGCGCGAGAGUGUCGAGGACGCUUUCAAGUUUAGCCUUGGAUACCAAGUGUCGAUUCCUAUGCGCGCGACGAACUAUGCUCGCGGACUGAACUUACGAAAACGAUGUCGCCCGCGGGGUGGUUCCCCCCAUUGGCGUGCUCAAAUCAAGGGCUGUACAUCUCGCGAUAUACUGCUCUGUCCGAGCACAAAUGUUGGAGUACCGCGGAGAAUCGGUGAAGAGAUAUUCGAUCAAGAGAACAUACAUGUUGUAAUACGACGUGGAUCCAAAAACGCUAUUUCCCUGUCACUCCAUACUCAUAGCUUUGGAGUGCUUCCCUACUCUAAGCAGAUGGAGCUGUGGUUUGACAAGGAUGGAAUUGAGAGUAGGAUAACCAAUUGGAAAGACGCUCUACGGUAUGCUGGUCUAUGUCGAAGCGACAUUGGGUUCAACGACGAUGAAAACAAGGACGACGGAAUCAUGGACUCAUGGAAGUUGAACCCACAUUUCACCCUCAAGAUGACUCACGAGUACCCGAUUGCCUGCGUGGCUUUCAUGGAAUCUCAAGGAAAAGAGGCUAUCAAGAAGAGUCUCCAGAAUCUCGAAACUGGUCUUAGGAAAUAUGGCGAUGACAGCAUCCGCGGGCUGUUGUCGGCCACAGCGGACUUCGGCACAACCUCGUAG